ACAUUGCGUCAAAUGCACUUGUAGCAGCUGAAACAUCAAUGGAAAUUUUUAAAGGAAUUUCUGAAGAAACUUUUGAAGAAAUUCAAGAACAAGAAGAAUCAACUCCUGAAAUUGUAUCUGUAUUAAAAAAAUCUAAAGGUUAUCCAUCUCGCAGAAAGAAAUAG